ACUUCUUUGUAUAAAAAUGUAUACUGAUAGGCUAAGUAACUACAAAACACCAGUAUAAAUUCACAUGGAAAAACACCAAAUGAAUGAAUAUACAAAGGUCUGCUUUCAUGCACAUUCAAAGUAACUGCCAGAUAGAUUUUUGGUUCACAAAAUCAAAUAAUUGUCUGAAAUAAAAAAUGCACCACUAAAUAUUUUUCGACCAUGACGCCGCUCGUGUUUUUGCGACUGCAUUGGCCGUUUAGCUGCGGUGCCCGUUUCUGACCAGAGAUGGCGAUAUUGAGUAUAUAUUUGUUUCAGCGCUGUUUCCCUCCAUGGUUUCUCCUCUCCCUGACUAAGUUGGCGUUUGGUUCAGAUCAUUAUACAGUCCCAUAUUCUCCCUCCAUUAGGGCAUCUCUCUGCCUUUUGGGCCACGCAGAAAUCCCACCGAACCCCAAAGAGGGAAGAGUCCAACUUCCAAAGGGCGCCAUGGACAUGAAAAAGAGGAUCCAUUUGGAGCUACGAAACAGGACACCCUCUGAUGUACGGGAACUUGUUCUUGAUAACUGCAGAUCAAAUGAGGGGAAAAUCGAGGGUCUUACUGGAGAGUUCAUCAAUCUUGAAUUUCUCAGUUUGAUAAAUGUGGGUUUAAUCUCAGUGUCCAAUCUCCCUAAGCUUGGAAAACUUAAAAAGCUGGAGCUCAGUGACAACAGAAUCUCUGGGGGCCUCGAUGUUUUAGCGGAGAAAUUGCCCAAUCUCACACAUCUAAACCUGAGCGGCAACAAACUGAAGGACAUCAGUACGCUGGAGCCUUUGAAAAAACUUGACCACUUGAAAAGUCUCGAUCUCUUCAACUGUGAAGUGACGAAUCUGAAUGAUUACCGGGAGAGUGUCUUCAAGUUGCUCCCUCAGCUCACCUACCUGGAUGGGUAUGACGUAGAAGAUCGCGAGGCAUCCGAUUCUGACGGAGAAGCUGACGGAGAAGGAGUGGACGACGAUGAUGAUGAGGAGGGUGAAGAGGAGGAAGAAGAGGAAGACUUUGAUGAGGAAGAUGAUGAUGAUGAGGAAGAGGAUGAGGUAGAAGGAGAGGAAGAUGAUGAUGACAUCAGUGGAGAGGAUGAGGAGGAAGACUUUGGCCAGGAUGGAGAAGUAGAUGAUGAAGAUGACGAUGAUGAUGACGACGAUGAAGAAGAAGAAACCACAAAGGGUGAGAAGAGAAAGCGAGAAGCGGACGAUGAAGACGACGAUGAUGAUGAGGACGACGAAUAAGAGCCAAUGAGCCAAUCAGCUACCAACCCUUCCCUCCCCAACCCACCACCUUCACCCUGCACCCCACUCAACUGCCCCACCAACCUCCACCUGCAACCGCCUAGCCCCUCUCCAAAACUCUCCCCCAGUUCUGAGCUCCCUAUGGGGGCAAGACUGUACCAGGUGGGUGGGGCGUGUGGAGCUGCACCCGUGGAGCCGAGCGAGAGCUCUCUUCAUUGGUGGCUCACCCAGAAGUCCAGAAGUUCUGUCAAGCCACGCCUCUUACCCACCCCUUACCCCUCCCCCCGUGUGUCUAGAGACCCGUGUGAGGACUUUGGGGACUGGUAUCUAGUUUUGGGUCUGUGCUUUUAAUAUUGUGUUGGAGAAUUAUUUUUUUCUUCUUUUAUUUUUGCUUUUGAGGUUUUGUUUUUUUUUUCUUGUCCUUUUUUUUUUUAAAUCUUUUUUUGUUUGUUUGUUUGUUUUUUGUUCCCAAUUUCCCAAUAAGAUUAUUGCUAUAGCAACUGUGUGACAAGCAAGCCAUAAUUUUAGUGUGGCAGCCUGUUGCACAAAUCAAGGUUGUAGCUACAUUUUUACUUUCUGUAAGACAAAAAAAACAAAACUUUGUAAAUAAAAUGAUAACAUUUUGUGCUUU